AUGGACACCACAACUGCCAUACUCACUGAUAUAACCACUUCAAUUAGUGAAACUGUCGGCACUUUCGAUCAGGUACACAUUUCCCUUUGCUACUCAUCCUACUGUCUCGUUUCAGAGUACCGUACUAUGGGCGCUGAUCGUCGGAAUCAUUGUGGCGUUCAUUCUGGGCGCGGGAAUGGGCGCCAAUGACGUGUCAAAUGCAUUCGGCACUUCCGUAGGUCAGUAGCCAGUCGAACCAGAACAAAAAUGAUAUACAAAAGAUCACUGCAGGUUCGGGAGUCGUCACCAUUAUUCAGGCCUACAUAAUGGCCUCAAUCUUUGAAACACUCGGGUCGGUACUAGUUGGUGAGUCAUCCGUUCCGCCGCAAAGUCACUGUGUGUGUGAUUUGGUUGAAUUCAGGAUGGAGUGUGACGGAUACGAUGCGCAAAGGCGUCGUCGACACGGCACAAUACGCAGACGAUCCGAAAGCGUUGUUGCUCGGACAGGUCGCCAUUCUCGGAGGUCUAGCUCGAAAAGCUUUAUGUAAAAACUCACCAAACUUUCCGUUUUUGCAGGAUGCGCCUCGUGGCUGAUGAUCGCGACGGCCCUCCACAUGCCAGUCUCCACGACGCACUCUCUCGUGGGUGCGACUGUCGGAUUCUCGAUCGUUAUCAAAGGGUUCGAAGGCAUUCAGUGGUUGGCAAUUGUUAAGAUUGGUAAGCAAUUGGAAACCGAAAUGACAAAGAAAGAGGAAAUGUUUUGCUUUGUUCAGUCUGUUCGUGGUUCGUGUCCCCACUGCUCUCAGGGACCAUCUCCUCUGUCCUCUACAUCAUCGUCGAUCAUGUCGUCCUGAGAACUGCGAAUCCGGUGAAAGCCGGUCUCCGCGCUCUCCCAGUCUUCUACUUUGUCUGUCUUGCCUUCAAUGCUCUCAUGAUCUUCUGGGAUGGAUCGAAACGUAUAUUUAUUCUCCUUAAGGAUGCCUUUUCCAAUGGUACUCUUUCAGUUCUUCACUUUGACAAGAUCCCAUUCUGGGGCAUCAUUAUCAUUGUUCUUGGUGUCGGAUGUCUUGCCGCUGCAUUCGCCCAUUUCAUCAUGAAACCUAGAAUUCAAGCUAAGAUUCAAGGUUUUCCGUUCAAAGUUUAACGUCAGUUAAAAGUUUCAUUGAAUUCAGAUUCCGAAGUGCCGCCGACUCCGCCAAUCUUCUCCGACCUGGAAUCCGCUCGAGGUUCCUCCGAACUGAAAGAGUUCACCGAAGGAAGCAUACAAGUGGAACCGAAACCAGCGCCACCACCAGGCAAAAUCCGCAAAUUCUUCCUGUGGCUCCUUCCGAACAAACGGCAGAUCGACAGCAGAAGCACCACUCAACUGUUCGCCACGAUCCAAGUAUUCACCGCCUGCUUUGCCGGAUUCGCGCACGGAGCUCAAGAUGUGAGCAACGCCGUCGCUCCUCUCGCCGCCUUAAUCUCUAUCUACCGAUUCAAAUCGACAGAACAAAAAGAAGCGGUGCCAAUUUACGUGCUUCUCUAUGGAGUGCUCGCAAUUUGCGUCGGUCUCUGGACCCUCGGCCACCGAGUCAUCAAAACCGUCGGCCAGAGAAUGUCGGAAAUCAACCCGGCCAGUGGGUUCACCAUCGAGUUCGGAGCAGCGAUGACGGCGCUGCUCGCGAGCAAAGUCGGUCUUCCGAUCAGUACGACGCAUUGUCUGGUGGGAAGUGUCGUUGCGGUCGGAUCAAUUCGUUCCGGAGAGGGAAUCAAGUGGUCUAUAUUCCGAAAUAUCGUCAUUUCAUGGAUUGUCACACUUCCGGUUGCAGGUAAUUUGAAAUAUUGUUCAAGUUUUUGAAAGGACAUGUUCAGGACUGAUCUCGGCCGGAAUCAUGCUCAUCAUCAAGUGGACGGCUCUUUAA